AUGGAUAUCGCGACAUUGGGAAUCAAAUAUGAAAAAAUCACUUAUACUUCCGAUUACUUUCCGAAUCUCAUGGAAAUGGCUGAAAAGUUGAUCAAAAAAGGGAAAACAUGCGUCGACGACACCCCCAAAGAACAGAUGAGAUACGAGCGAGAGAAGAAAAUAGAAUCAAAGUGUCGGAAUCAGAGUGUAGAUGAAAACCUCAAACUAUGGAACGAGAUGGUUCUUGGAACGGAAAAGGGAGUUCAAUGUUGUUUAAGAGGAAAAUUGGACAUAACCGAUAACAAUGGAUCAAUGCGGGACCCGACUUAUUAUCGGUGUAAUCCGAUUCCACAUCACCGAGUCGGAUCAAAGUAUAAAAUAUAUCCAACUUAUGAUUUUGCAUGUCCUUUUGUUGAUUCUAUUGAAGGGAUUACACACGCGUUGAGAUCCAGCGAGUAUCAUGAUAGAAAUCCUCAUUAUUCAAGGAUUCAAGAGGAAAUUGGGGUUAGGAAAGUUCAUUUGUAUGAAUUUAGCAGGUUGAAUAUGGUUUAUACAGUUUUAAGUAAACGGAAGUUGCUUUGGUUUGUUGAAAAGAACAAGGUUAAUGGAUGGGAUGAUGCUUGUUUUCCAACUGUCCAAGGAAUUGUGCGCAGAGGCUUACAAAUUCAGGCUUUAAUACACUUUAUACUUGACCAAGUAAUCCUUGAAGAGAACCGGGUCUUGUUGACAUUAUUAGAUGGGCCCCACAAGCCAUUUGUGCGUGUCAUACCAAAGCACAAGAAAUACGUCGCUGCAGGGGAUAAAUCCAUCGCUUUUACCAAAAAGAUUUGGAUAGAACAAGCCGAUGCUAAGGCCAUAUCCCCUAACGAGGAAAUUACGUUAAUGGACUGGGGAAAUGCAAUUGUUAGAGAAAUCAAAAAGGACAAAAACAGAAAUGUGACCGACUUAAUCGGGGUUUUGCAUCCUGAGGGAUCGUUUAAGACAACUAAACUGAAACUCACGUGGUUGCCUCACACUAACGAGCUUGUUCCUUUAACUCUAGUGGAGUUUGGAUACCUGAUCACGAAAAAGAAGAUGAAAAAAGAAAAGGAUUUUAUUCCGGUGUUGAACAGGGAUACAAAGAAAGAGAUUGGGGGAGUUGGGGAUUCAAACAUGAGAAGACUGAAGUGUGGAGACAUAUUGCAGUUGGAGAGGAAAGGCUACUUCAGAUGCGAUGUUCCUUUCAUAACACCUUCAAAACCCAUUGUUCUCUUUGCUGUUCCAGAUAGCAGGCAAACUGCAACCACCAAAUAAUAAAAAUAAUUUGUUAGUUAAUAAACAUGGAUUA